CUUGUUUAUGACUUUGUAUUGGAAUUUGGAAACCAUGAAGACCCUCCCAAUUCCCAUUAGUUGGAAUUUGGAUCUUGAAGGGUGAAAAUGACAAUUUAUGAAACUGAGAGAAAAGGAAAAAAGUUGUACUAUUAAGAGGCCGUUUGACAACCCUCAUUUUCGGCUUAUCAGGCUUAUCAACCAACGUUUAUACCAAACACGUAAAUUUUGCUUUCGCGCACUGAAUUGUGUAAUAAGCCGAAAAAGUAAGGUUGUAGUUACUUUUCUGGCUGUAUUGGCUGAUGUUACUGUAGAUGACCAUUUUAGCUAUUUUUACAUAUAAUUUUUUCUUUAUUUUAUUAAUAAAAUAUAUUUUAAAAAUAUUUUUUCCUUGUAUCAGCAGAAUCAGCCAAUGCAGCCACUUCAGCCAGAACUUCAUAAAUUUCAGCAGAAUCAGUCAAAACAGCCGAUUUUCGUGCCGCCAAACGGCUCUAAGACUUAAGAGCAGUUAAUAACAUCGGAAAGGCUCCAGUAAAUAUACCAAAAGGACAUGUCCGCCGAGUCGAUUCAUAUAGCCACCGGAGACAUAUAAAUCCGGCGGCAGAGUUCAUCAUCUUCUUCAUUGGCAAGGAAAAUGAUUUCCUUCAACCCAGUUGUAGCGCGUCCACAUUCCUUCAGCGCAAAGCCAAUUUGUUCUGCCUUCCACACCACCGGCGCGACAGCCGCAACCACGCGCCGCCGUUUCUCCCCAACUUCUGCCAACGUCUCUGCUAAGCAAAUAGUCGAGCACGUGGUGCUCGUCAGAGUCAAAACGGAAGUCGAGCAUUCUAAGAUAAACGACAUGGUCAACAACCUCUACAACCUCUCUUCCCUUCCGCAGGUUCUCCAUCUCACCACCGGUCCGGUCCUCCGUACCCAAUCUCCGACGCUAUCGUUCACACAUCUCUUACACUCUCGGUACGAAUCGACAUCGGAUCUCGAAGAAUACAACACACACCCUCUUCACCUGUCUGCGGUCAAGAAUUUCCUCUUCCCUGUUAUAGAUGACAUCAUGGUGGCCGAUUGGAUCGCCGAUGACUUUGCCGGUUCCGUUGAGGUCGGCCCUGGUUCCAUCAUCAGGGUGAAAUUGUUGAAGUUGAAAGAAGGGUUGUCGGAAAAUGAGAGAACAGAAAUUGUAGAUGUAACUAAAAGGCUCAAGCAAAAAAUCUCGAUGAUUGAUCAGUUAACAGUUGGGGAAAAUAUUGUUCAGGCUAGGACGAAGGGGUUUUCUAUCGCCUCAAUCGGGGUAUUUGGAGGAUUGGGUGCUGUUCAUGCGUUGGAUGCCCAAUCGGCGGCGCUUAAUGAUCAGAAAGACGGCGUGAGGGGAUUUGUUGACGACAUUGUGGUGGUGGAUUAUGCCGUUCCUGCAAACACGCUAAUUAAAUAACUAGCUUCGUUUGUUUUUUAGCGGAUGGGUAGCAAACCGCUGCAUUUUGCAGCGUUUUGAUGUUUUAAUUGAUUAGCGGUUUGCUCAAUCGGGACGGUUAUCCAAACGGCACCAUUGUCAUAUGAGUAUGGAUCAUUAGGAAUCAAUUAACCUUUCAAUAACUUUAUUUUCAUAGUUCAAAAGAUCCUAAAUUUCUGCUUCUAAUAGUAAGCCUUUACCUUUGCAACAUUGUUUCAAC